AUGCUUCCACGAGUCAAUGUCGAUACACUCGUGUCGCCCAGCAUGCUGGCAGGCAUGGCCGAUGCACAGUGGAAGGUGCGCAAGGAGGCGAUGGAGCAAGUGCAUGCGGCUAUCAAGCCCCAUGUACGCCUCGAGGGAAGUGGCAUGGAACUAGCACAGGCACUCAAGCCGCGCCUGCACGACACGAAUCUCAUGGUGCGCACGCUCGCACUGGACAUUGUAACGCUCCUAGCGAAUGGGAUGCAAGUGCUCUUUGAGCCACUCGCCCGCGUGCUAGGCGCACCAGUAACGCAAGUGCUGGCCGACUCCAAGGCACCGCUUCGGGCCACAGCAGCAGCUACGCUCACAGCCAUGGCACAGCGACAGCAGCUGGCACCGCUUCUUGCGCCUAUGGGCCACGUCCUGGACGGCAAGUAUGCGAACCCCAUGUUGAAGCAGGACCUAUAUGGAUGGCUACACACGUACAUGACGGAGCAUCCAGGCACACCUGGUGAUGUCCAGCCGCUUCUGCCGGCGGUCGUUGCAUCGCUAGACGACCGCUCCGCACCCGUCCGAAAAGCGGCCCAGUCGCUCCUGCCGCUCCUCGUGCAGUACGCUGGACAUCGUGCGCUGUACGACGCAGCAAAUCAGCUGAAGGGAGCAUCUCGCGCAACAGCUGUGCCGUUGAUUGACGCUGCUCGCUCCGAGGCGGCUCGCUCCGUGCAUGCGGCGGGCGCCACAGCCUCAUCGUCCACGGCAUCUGGCGCGCCAGCUCCAUCGCCAAGUCGGCCCACAUCGCGCGCGCCCGCUGCGCCCACAACGCUGGCACCGCAGCGACCCGCGGGGCCGCCAUUGUCGUCAUCGUCGCCAGCACGAGUCCCCACUGCCCGGCGGCCUAUGCCGCGCCCUGUCAAGACGAGCGCAGUCAGCCGUUCCUUGUCAGCAAGACGCCCGGCGGACACGUCCGCGGCAGAAUCGGGAUCGGCGUCGGCUCCUGCGGCAGCCGCCCAUGCAUCCAGCCAACCCAGUAUACCAUUUCUCACAUCCGACCCCAAGUACAAAGUCGCUCGCGAAAAGGCAAGUCGCACACCGUUUGUCGUAGACGGCUCUGUGCGGCCACAUGAAGUCGACGUGCUGCGUCAGCAGAUGGAGGCAUGUUGCGCACCACGCUUAGUGGGUGCCCUGUUCAGCCAAGACCAUCACGCCGAACGCGAUUACCUCCAAGGUCUGCAGGAGCUGCAGGCGUUCCUUACAAAUCCAACAGCCUCCGCCACUGCGCAGCUGAGCCAGGAGCAAGUCACAGCCUACGUGGUCGCACACACCGACCUGGUCAUCAAGUAUGCGUGUAUUCGUCUGUUCGACAAAAACACAAGUGUCGCGCUACGAUGCUUCGAGCUGCUGCAUGAGCUGAUGGAGCUCCUUGUCGCCCAAAGCUACCACCUGCAAGAGUCUGAGACCCAGGCCCUCGUCGCAUCGCUCAUCGUACGCAUGGGCGAUCCCAAAGCCGUGUUUCGCGACCAGGCACGCUCGAUCCUGCGCCAAACGACCGUGCUCUUCCCUCCCUCGCGCGUGUUUCUCAUGCUGCUGGACCAGGGUGUGCCGUCGAAGAACGCUCGAACGCGAGCCGAAUCGCUCGGCGAACUGGCUCAUCUGCUCUCACGACACGGCCUCGACGUGUGCACGCCGUCCAAAGCGCUGCCGGCCGUGGCCAAGUGCAUCGGCGACCGUGAUGCAUCUGUGCGUGGCGGUGCUCUUCAUGCGCUGAGCGAGGCGUACAAAUACUUGGGCGAUGGCAUUUGGCGUUUGGUCGGUCCGUUACCACCGAAAGACGAAGCGCUCCUGGAGGAACGACUCAAGCGCACAGGAACGGGCCCAGCACCAAAGCUCAUGUCAACGCCAACGCAGGCCGCGGCGCCCACGCCGCGCAAGCCCAGCGUGGGCGCCGCUCCAGCAUCGCCCACGACGUCAGGCCCGCUUGAUGACUUGGCACUCAUCCGCAGUCACGACAAGGAAACAAGCAUUGCGGGACUCAAAGCGCUUCAAACACAGCUUGCAUCCUCGGCUCUAGAACGCCGUCAGCUUGACGUGAUCGUCCGUGCCUUACUCCUUGCCUGGGGCAGGACCGCAAAUGACAGCGAUGCACCGGCCACGCUCGAUCAUAGAUACGUCAGGCACGUGCUGCAGAGUGUGCUUGUACUCCUAGAUGCUCAGCACGGCGACGUGUACUUGGACGGAAGCCUGGUCGCCCAGCUGCUACACGGACUUUUGCGUCGCCUGACCGCUGUGUCAACGGUGCACGACGACGAGGCUUCGCAAACGCUGUCAAAGCAGCUGAACGCCGUCGUCCUUCGCAUCCUAUCCACCUGUGAGGGCGACUGCGUGUACGAAGCGCUGUUCUCACUUCUCGCAUCGACAACGGCAGAUCUGACGCCCUCGUCUGCCGAGGUGGCUCAGCAGGCAGAGCUCGUGGUCAAGUGUCUGUGGAAAGUUGCACGCAAGCUUCCCGCAGCGCUGGAGGCCAAGCAGGUGCAUGGAGAGGCUCUUCUUGCUUGUGUGGAGCGCUUCUUCCAAGCGGUGCCACCCGCCGAGUGGGGCGUUCGUGCUCGGCAGCAUGUCCCCCUCCGGGACAUCCCUCUAAUCACAGCCACAAACGUACUCAAGCAACUGACUGAUACGCUCGGCGAAGGCGCCUUGGCUCUCACCGACACAUGGCCCGAGCCUGAGUCCAGCCACGUGUAUCGCUACCUAUUACGGCUUCUGCAUGGCAGCGCCAGCGCACGCUCUGGCUCAGCCUCGUCACGGUCGUCCUCUCGCACGGGCGAGGUACCGGCGCCCGAUGCCUCCGCGUCGCAUGGCCACAGCACAGAGCCGCCUGCCGCCCCUGCAUCGUCCUCGAUGUCAAAAGAACACACAGGCACUGUGUCAUCUGCAGAAGAGGCACUCACAGAGGAACUGCGCGGCAUCUUUGAUCGUAUCUCACAAAAAGACCAGUCUCGUGCAGCCAUUCGCGAGCUGUACGAGUUUCAAAAACGACAUCCAAGUAAGCAAGCUAGCAUCGAGCGCUCGCUGCAAAACACAGGCCCCAUUUUCCAGCGCUACAUCAAGCGCGCACUAGCGAACCAUGCUGCCGAUGACGAAGCGCCGCCUCCGUCGACGCCAUCCACCAGCGUCGAUGCACGCCUCGCGGAGCUCAAGGCCAAGUUCCGUCGCGAGCCGGUGGAGUCAAAAGCGCCCGAUCGCGUGCACAAACGCAUGUCCAUGUCCACAGAGGCUCUGCGCACGCGGCCUUGCUGCUAUGCGGACGGAUGA